CAGUGGGGUUUUCACAGCAGGUUUUGUACGGUGGCGAUCGGAACUACUUUUCAUAGGUCCUAGUUGGCUAAGCUAAUCAGAACACAAUUAAAUACUUGUGCGGUUUUGUUAAGAGACGCUACUGAGGUGAUGAGGUGAUAUAUUUCAGAAAGUACAUGUACUACACUGUGUGUAUGGAUACGCCUUGGUUGUUUUGACUCCACAAAUCUGCUGUGAGGGCUGAGGGCAGGCGAGAACAAUGGCUACUCAGUCUGAUUUGAUGGAGUUGGAUAUGGCAAUGGGAGACAGUAAGGCUGCUGUGACCCAGUGGCAACAGCAGUCUUACUUGGAUUCAGGCAUCCAGUCUGGAGUUACCACCACUGCGCCCUCACUGAGUGGCAAGGGCAAUCCUGAUGCAGAGGAGGAUGAUCCAACUUUGUACGACUGGGAGUUCAACCAGCCCUUCACUCCUGAGGCCACAGACAUUGAAGGUUAUGCCAUGACUCGGGCCCAGCGUGUCCGAGCUGCUAUGUUCCCCGAGACCUUGGAGGAGGGUAUCCAGAUCCCACCAACCCAGCUGGAUGCUGCUCACCCAACCGCAGUGCAGCGUCUGGCUGAGCCCUCUCAAAUGUUGAAGCAUGCAGUUGUCAACCUCAUUAACUAUCAAGAUGAUGCUGAGCUGGCCACUCGUGCCAUCCCUGAGCUGACCAAACUGCUCAAUGAUGAAGACCAGGUUGUUGUGAACAAAGCCGCUGUGAUGGUACAUCAGUUGUCGAAGAAGGAGGCUUCGCGGCACGCCCUGAUGCGUUCACCACAAAUGGUGUCUGCAGUUGUUCGUGCCAUGCAGAACACUGGUGAUGUGGAGACUGCUCGCUGCUCUGCUGGCACUUUACACAACCUGUCUCACCAUCGUGAGGGUCUCCUUGCAAUCUUUAAGUCUGGGGGCAUCCCUGCCUUGGUCAAGAUGCUGGGCUCACCAGUGGACAGUGUGCUCUUCUAUGCCAUCACUACCCUCCACAACUUGUUGCUGCACCAGGAAGGGGCCAAGAUGGCGGUGCGCCUCGCUGGUGGACUGCAGAAGAUGGUUGCUCUGCUGUCUAACACAAACGUCAAGUUCCUGGCAAUCACUACUGACUGCCUGCAGAUCCUGGCAUAUGGCAAUCAGGAAAGCAAGCUGAUCAUUUUGGCCAGUGGUGGCCCCCAAGCCUUGGUCAACAUCAUGAGGACAUUCACAUAUGAGAAACUGCUGUGGACCACAAGCAGAGUGCUGAAGGUGCUCUCUGUUUGCUCAAGCAACAAGCCUGCCAUCGUAGAGGCUGGUGGUAUGCAGGCCCUGGGUCUUCAUCUGACUGACCCGAGCCAGCGUUUGGUCCAGAACUGUCUCUGGACACUGAGAAAUCUUUCAGAUGCUGCCACCAAACAGGAGGGCAUGGAGGGUCUUUUAGGGACCCUGGUCCAGCUGCUGGGCAGUGACGACAUCAAUGUAGUGACAUGUGCAGCUGGAAUCCUCUCCAACCUGACCUGCAACAACUACAGUAACAAACUAAUGGUCUGCCAGGUUGGAGGUAUCGAGGCUCUUGUGCGAACAGUGCUUCGUGCUGGCGACAGAGAGGACAUCACAGAGCCAGCAGUGUGUGCCCUGCGCCACCUGACCUCACGCCACCAGGAUGCUGAGAUGGCCCAGAAUGCUGUGCGUCUACAUUAUGGCCUGCCUGUGGUGGUCAAACUCCUGCAUCCUCCAUCCCACUGGCCACUCAUCAAGGCAACAGUUGGUCUGAUCAGGAACCUAGCUCUCUGCCCGGCCAAUCACAGCGCACUGCGUGAACAGGGUGCCAUCCCUCGCCUGGUCCAGCUGCUCGUCAGAGCUCACCAGGACACCCAGAGGCGCACCAGCAUGGGAGGAAACCAGCAGCAGUUUGUGGAGGGUGUGCGUAUGGAGGAAAUAGUGGAAGGCUGUACAGGUGCUCUGCACAUCCUGGCCCGGGACGUCCACAACAGAAUUGUCAUCAGGGGGCUCAACACCAUUCCACUCUUUGUCCAACUCCUCUACUCUCCAGUGGAGAACAUCCAGCGUGUGGCAGCAGGCGUGCUUUGUGAACUGGCACAGGACAAGGAAGCAGCCGAGGCCAUUGAGGCUGAAGGAGCCACCGCACCUCUGACAGAGCUGCUGCACUCCCGCAACGAGGGCGUUGCCACCUACGCUGCAGCUGUACUGUUCCGUAUGUCUGAGGACAAACCCCAGGACUACAAGAAACGUCUGUCGGUGGAGUUGACAAGCUCUUUGUUCAGAACUGAGCCCAUGGCCUGGAAUGAGACUGGAGACCUGGGACUGGAUAUCGGUGCUCAGGGGGAUCCUCUGGCUUUCAGGCAGGACGAUGCAGCCUACAGAGCCUACCCAUCAGCCUAUGGUCAGGACGCCCUGUUGGACCCCAUGAUGGAAGGUGCAGACUACCAUGCCGACACUCUGCCCGACCUGGGCCACCACACUGACCCGUUGCCAGACCUCGGCCACACCCAGGACCUGAUGGACAGCAACCAGCUGGCCUGGUUUGACACUGACCUGUAGGAUUGUCAUACUCUGAUAGAACCUGCAUUGUGAUUUGACCUGUACAGUGUGAAGCAGCAUUGUGAUUGGCCUGUUAAGAGUUGUUGAAGGUAAUGAGUGAAGUGAAGGGUCUCGGAAAGUGCCUGACACCAGAAAAUGAACAAGAUGGUUACCACAGGAUUGUCAAAGCAAGUUGAAAACAGAGGUAAAGAAAGGGUGACGAUUGAGGUGGGGGUUCAAUGGCACAAUGGAGCAGGUUACCUAUAUACAGUAGACGAAUGCACAUGAGGUGGAUCUUUCAAGUUUGAAACACAUGUUUUAGCCUUGCCUGUAUUAUCCAUUUUUUGUUCCUAUUUUUUCUUAUUCUAUUUUUUUUAAUUUCCUUUUUUGUAAUACUCAUUCUCUGUCAUGGUACUGACCCAGCUUGCCUUCACACUAGCCAUCUUUAUUUUCUCUUCAUUCUAAUCAUUUGUAAUUUUUUUUAAAAAAAACGUAUAUUACAUGUAGUGUUUAAGUUAUAGUGAUAUUAUACAAUGUUCCUUUGGUUUAUGGCCGAAUGUGUAGAACACUAAUAAUCAGUUGAAUUGUACUCUGAAUUAAAGUGUAACAUUGUGUAGUUUUUUUAUAAUCUCAGAAAUGGAGAAAUAUGCAUUCUUAAUAUGUGCUUGUUUAAGCAUAAAAAUAUGUCAGUGUCACAAAUGUUCUGAAGAGGGACAUGGGUGAAAUUGAGGGAGGGGUUGGGGAUAAAUCUAGAGACAAUUGUUUUAUAUACAGUAUCACUGGUAGGUUAACAACUAUUUUGUAUGCCAUCAUUGGAUGUCUGAUAGAAACGUCUUUCCCGCUAUCGUUGGUGGUCUAAUAAAACCCGGUUUUAUGUGCUGUCCAGGGUAGCUAGGCUGACGAAAACAGUUGUAGUCCUGCUGUUCUUAUUUUGGAGACGAGGUUAUGACACGGCUGAACAAUAAAAUGGCAUUUUAUUUCA